GCGUUAUCCUCUUUUUCUUUGGACAGAUGGUUUUACAUAAAUGGGCAGUAGUCAACAAGAGUGCGCCACCACCGGCUGGUCUUCGACCUUUGGCUAGGUACAUCCCUAGCCACCCAAAGUUGCGUCCAGUAGAUUACAAGAUUCCUUAUGUCCUUCGGCCCUUUAUUAAGGAUCUUCAUGCGAGCGAAGUGCAGCACCUUGAAAACCGUGGCAUGUAUCGUGAGGAGCUAGUGAUCGAGCGCAGCCGUUUUCCACGAUUGUACAAAACAUUGACGAUUCAAACUGACGGCUCAUUGAAUGAGCGCGAAUUUGAGUUUGUGGUCCCGCCAUUAGUGACUCUCUUUCAGGACCGGUUUUCUGUCUACCGUCAGCAACAACUCGCCCUCACUACGAUUGGAAAUCUGAAGCGAAAAAAGAGUUGGGAAACGAAACUCGCUGGUAAGGCACCUCUCAAUUCUGUCUGUAAUGCAAUUCUGUUUCCUUAUUGUGUUCCAAAGAAAAUGCUUAUGCGCCCUCCUUUAGUGAAUCCACUUAGUUCCAAAGUUAAGGGUGAUGCUUCCAAUGCAAAUAGCAAUUAGCAAUUCAACUGUGAGUUGGUGGCUAUCCCUAUGGUGAAAACUUUGGAUAUACUCGCUUAUUUACUUUUGUGCUUGGAUAUUUAUGAAGAUAUACACCAACGACAACAACCAAAAUGAAGGGAUAUACUGUAAAUCAUACUAUAUCUGAGCAUACUGUUUA